AUGGAAUGGGGGAGGAAAGCUUUGUCGUCACCAUAUCGUUUAUAUCGUCCAUAUCAAAUUGAAUGUCCCGAAGCGACAUUUCAAAACAACUCAAAUCUUCUGUAUCGGAAUGCAAAUUUGGAUGUUCUGGUGGAAGUAAAUAAACGUGCCCGUAGUCUUGAACGAGCGGUAUCCUAUCAAAAAGUAUUAGCCACAAUUCAGGAUAUAAAGCAUUCCGCAGAACUAAAAGCUGGGAAAGGCAGUAGGUGA